AUUAUUUGCACUUAUUUUGUUUGCACUAGUAUCCGUGAGAUUGCAGGUUCACAGGGUUCUUGGACGCGGAAUGCCACGCCAUGAGAGCGAGACGCAGAGCAGUGGAGGGGCCACCAGGGGGCGACAGCAUCAGCAGCCACAGGAGGAGCGAGUGGAAAGGCCGGGGACUGUUCCUUGGCUGGACGGGCGCAGCUCUCCUCAGCCUCCUGCUCAGUCCAGCACACCACAGGUGCCUUUCCCUUUCGUGAUUGGGCAAAGAGGAUCUUUCAUCACUGCAUCGCAGCUCCAGGUCUUUCUCCUCCAGCAGUGUGGCCCCAAAGAGAUGAACAAACAGCUCCUUCAGUACGGUCAGCACAGACCCUCCGUCCUUCGCAGAGGCACCGGGUCUCUGCCCCAGGCCCUCUCCACUCUGUCCGGUUUGUCUGCUCGCUCGGACCUGACCCCGACGCCAAGCUCUGACCCCACCCCCACGUGCAAGGUGGAAGCAGGCGGGGGCCUGAGGGGGACCUCACCCCAGCGAGCGGGCCGCUCCCCCCAGCACACAAGCCACACCACCUGGCCCAGGAGGUCCAGCCCAAAGCAGAGCUCCGCCCACUCUGGCCAUAAUGACAGCCCCGCGCAGCGUGUCCCAGACGGCACCAGCGCUCUCUUCAUGAAUGGUGUCUGCAGAUGGCCAGGUUGCGAGGAGGUCUUCGAAGAGUACCCCAGCUUCCUGAAGCACCUGUGCAUUGACCACAGGCCUGGCGACAAGAGCAUUUCGCAGUGGCGGGUGCAGCGGGACAUCGUGCAGCACAUGGAGAACCAGCUCACUGUGGAGAAACAGAGACUCCUGGCAAUGCAACUGCACCUGCACCUGCCCGAGCACCGAUCCACUUACUCAAAGGUGGGCAUGGAGGGGGAGAGCAGCCUGGCGGCCAGCUCACCCCUGUCCUGGGUGGCAGACGGCACCCUCCACAGGACCGGCAAAGAAACGGUAGAGCUUGUGCCAGAGGCCCACUGGCACCUCCCCACGUCUCAUUCCCUCCCAGGAAUCAUCCCCAGCAUUGAAUGUUACAAAUACAAUAACAUCAGACCGCCUUAUACAUACGCCUCCUUGAUCAGAUGGGCAAUUCUAGAGUCUCCAGAGAAGCAGCUGACCCUGAGUGAGAUCUACCACUGGUUCACCAGAAUGUUCUUCUACUUCCGCCACAACACGGCCACCUGGAAGAAUGCUGUUCGUCACAACCUGAGCCUCCACAAGUGCUUUGUGCGUGUGGAGGGUGGGAAGGGGGCAGUGUGGACGGUGGACGAAGCUGAGUUCCAGAGGAGAAAGGGACAGAAGUUUAACCGGGACCACCACGAUGUGACAUGGCUGGCCCCCUACACCUUCCUGUGUCCCCAGGAAGCCACAGCUUUGGGUCAGACAGGGAGUCGCUGA